AUGAUAUCAUCACUACUUAAAUUUUUGGCUCCUUAAAAAAAGGCUAAAAAGACACAUGUAUCAAAGGAAGAAGCUCUAGAAAGAAGAAAGAAAUUUGAAUAGUUUGUUCUCGACUUGUAAAACCAUUUUGUUUAAACUCUUUAGAAAUAUGAAACAAAAGCCGUCUUUUUGAGAGAUGAAUGGUAACGUAAAGACGGACAUGGUGGUGGAGUCACUUGUGUUCUAUAGGAUGGUAACUUUUUUGAAAAAGCUGGUGUUAAUACUUCUAAGAUAAGUUUCCCAUUCAAUCAUGGUAUUGCAGCAAGCAUGAAAGAAAGAGGAAAAGUUUUUACUGAUGAUGAAAUUAAGAGAUAUAAUAUAUAUGCAAACGGUAUCUCCCUAGUUAUUCACCCUAUAAAUCCUUUUGCUCCUACCGUUCAUGCAAAUUAUAGAUGGAUGGAACUUUAUGAUAGAGAAACCAACUAAACUGUUGAUUGCUGGUUUGGAGGCGGUGGUGAUUUGACACCUCACUAUCUUUUCGAAGAAGAUUGUAAAGAAUUCCAUCAAGGAUUCAAGAAUGCUUGUGAUCCUUAUGGAUAAGACCUCUAUAAAAAGCUUAAAAAAGAAUGUGAUGAUUACUUUUUCAUUAAAUUUAGAAAUGAGAGAAGAGGUAUUGGAGGUAUUUUUUAUGAUGAUUUUUUGAUUGAAGAUUCUUGGGACAAAACAUUUGAGUUUGCUUAAAAAGCUGGUUGGGCAACUUUGAAUAGUUAUAACACUAUCUUAGAAAGAAGAAAAGAUACUCAAUAUAAUGAAAAGAAUAUGGAAUGGAAGCAAAUACGUAGAGGCAGAUACGUUGAAUUCAAUCUUGUCUAUGACAGAGGUACUAAAUUUGGUCUUUUCACACCUGAUGCUAGAAUUGAAUCCAUUUUAAUGAGUUUACCUCACGUUGCUAAGUGGGAAUAUAUGUACAAAAUAGAAGAAGGUUCAGAAGAAGAAAAAAUGCAAAAAGUACUUAUAAAUCCUGUUGACUGGAUAUGA